AUGCAUGAUGCGAUUCUCGCUGUCCCCGCGCAAUCUACCGACUUGACUGGGGCGAUGGACGUACAAAAGCCACAGGCGCCGCCGCCGCCGUCGCCCUUCCCCAGGGACAUGUUGUGGAGGUUGGGCGGUGGCCGUCGCAGUCUCUCCGCAUCUGCAGUUUCGCACGCGUCCAGCAUGGCCGUCGACAACGCCGUCCAGCCGCGGCACGGAGGUGGCAGCCAGUGCGGGAAAUGCAAAAAGAUCAACAAAGCUGGAGCUGUCGGAGGAGAGGCAGCAGCAGCAGCAGCAACAGCAGCAACAGCUCAGUCAGUAAUCCAAGCCAAAGUCUGGCGCGACACGUUUGCUAACUCUGCUGGCCCCGGAACAGGCACAAUGGCUUCCGGAGCGCCAUCAUCCCGGCAGUCCAUUGCUCCUCACAAGGAUCUCGAUGGCCGCAGCCGCCCUCCCGAGCGCCUCCAUCAGCUCCAGAAUGGCAGCUCGGUUCUCGCUCUCGCCGUGAAUGACGAGUUUAUCUUUGCCGGUACCCACGAUGGCGAGAUUCUGGUCUGGUCUCUCGGCACCUUCCAGCUGGUCCACCGCAUCCUCGCACACAAGCGAAGCGUCCUCUGCCUCUUCCUCGCCGACAAACCUUGCGCGAAGCGCGACUCCCCCAACUCGUCGACGACCGACUUCCAGCCCCUGCUCUUCUCCUCGGCCGGCGAUGCCAUAAUCAGCGCCUGGUGUCCCAAGACCCUGACGCGCCUCUACGAAAUCUACAGCACCCACAAUGUCGGCGACAUCUUCAGCGUCGCGUACUCGGUACAGCACGACAUGCUCUUCAUUGGGGCUCAGAACACCACAAUACAAUGGGUCAGCCUGAAAGACCCCGGCCGCAAGGCUCUGCACGAAUCAGAUCUCCAUCCUGACCGCAGGCAUCACCGUUUCUUUGACUCGAAAGCCGUCGGCGGCACGAGCACCCCGCGGAGGAACGAGGAGCGCUGGAACCUGAUCCCGAAAGCUCGCACGGUCCUCGAGGUCGACAGAGGCGCCAUCCUGCCCUUUGCGCACUUCGGGUACGUUUACUGCAUGCUGAUGGCGCGGGCACCGACGGUCCUGGUGGACCAAGACGAAGAGGUCCUGAUCUCGGGCGGCGGUGACGGGACCAUCAAGCUCUGGAGGGUGGCGAGGCCCGAAGAGGAGAACGAGCAAGAAGACGAAUCUACCCCUGGCAUCUUGGAGGAGCUCAUGGUGCUAGGCGAGGAUAACGCAGAGUCGGUGCUGUCGCUGGCCAUUGACGGCUCCUUCCUCUACAGUGGCAAGCUGGCGGGGAUCGUGGAGCUCUGGGAUCUCGAUACCAAACAGAAGCUGCGGGUCAUCAAGGCCGACACAACGGACGUCAUGACUUUACAGAUGGGCUGGGGCUUCCUGCUGAGCGGCGCCGCGGACGGCUGCGCAACGAAGUUCAGCACCGUCCAUCACGACGGCAAUCAGUCCGAGAGUCCCACCACAGACACUGUGAGUCAGAGAUAUCAAUGCCUCGGCCGAUGGCCGGCGCACCGGGGCAAGAUCCUGUCGUCUGCUGUAACGACGUACCGCGGGGAGAAACUCUACAUCACCGGCGCCAAUGACGAUGAUGUCUGCGUCUGGAGGAUCCGAGAUAAAUGUGCCGGCGACGUAGUCAAGAAGGACGAGUCUGACGACAUCAUGUUCAAGAGUCUGUCCGAGUUGGUCUCCUUCAAGACCAUCUCCUCCCGGCACGAGUUUGCCGAAGACUGCCGCAGGGGUGCCACCUUCCUCGGCUCGUUGUUCAAGAGGUUAGGCGGCGAGGUCGAGAUGCUAUCUGCGAGCAAGGGGCGACACAACCCUGUUGUCUACGCCAAGUUCAGCGGCAAGUCAGAGCCUGCGGAGAAGAGGAAGCGCAUCCUCUUUUACGGCCACUACGACGUCGUGCCCGCAGACCAGAAGAAGGGCAAGUGGCACAACGACCCGUUCGAGCUCAAGGGCAUGAACGGAUACCUCUACGGACGCGGCGUGAGCGACAACAAGGGGCCCAUCAUGGCGGCGCUGUAUGCUGUCACGGACCUUAUGCAGGCCAAGCAGCUCGAGUCGGACGUCAUCUUCCUGAUCGAGGGCGAGGAGGAGUCGGGCUCGCGGGGCUUCCAGGAGACGGUGCAGGAGAACAAGGAGCUGAUCGGCAAGGUCGACUACAUCCUCCUGGCCAACAGCUACUGGCUCGACGACGAGACGCCGUGCCUGACGUACGGCCUGCGCGGCGUGCUGCACGCCACCGUCUGCGUCGACUCGCCGCGCCCGGACCUGCACUCGGGCGUCGACGGCUCGUACAUGAUGGCCGAGCCGCUGUCGGACCUCACGCUCGUGCUGUCCAAGCUCAAGGGCCCCAAGAACCGGAUCCUGAUCCCGGGCUUCUACGACGGCAUCCUGCCCCUGCGGCCCGAGGAGGAGGCGCGCUACGACGAGAUCGCCGCCAAGCUCGUCGAGCGCAACCCGGAGGAGAACGGGCCGGCGCCGGCCCUCAAGGCCAGCCUCAUGGCGCGCUGGCGCGAGCCCAACAUGACGAUCCACCGGUACAAGGUAUCCGGGCCCGACGGCAGCCUCGUCAGCAGCCACGCGAGCGCCAACAUCAGCUUCCGGCUCGUCCCCGGCCAGGAGGUGGACGAGGUCAUCGCCUCGCUGACGGCGUUCCUGCGGGAGCAGGUCGCGGCGCUCGAGACGAACAACAGCCUCAGCGUGACGAUCGACAACAGGGCCGAGCCGUGGCUGGGCGACCCGGAGAACUACAUCUUCCGCACCCUCGAGGAGGCGAUCGUGCAGGUCUGGGGGCUGGACGGCGGAGGGGAGGCGGUGAAGAAUGAUGAUGGUAUAGGUGGUGGUGGUGGCGAGGCUGGGUCGACAACAGCGGCGGCGGUAGCGGCGGCACCUACGUUCAAGAGCCGGAGGCCCCUGUACAUCCGGGAGGGCGGAUCGAUUCCUGCGAUAAGGUUCCUCGAGAAGGUGUUUGGGGCGCCGGCGGCACACCUACCCUGUGGUCAGGCGAGCGAUGCGGCGCAUCUGGACAAUGAGAGGCUGAGAGUGACGAACCUGCUCAAGAGCAGGGAGAUAUUUGGGGUGGUGUUUCGGAAGUUGUGA